AUGACAGCGCCACGUCGUUUACGCAAGGAAUUAACAGAUCUACAACAAUGUCAAUUGAAAUCCUUUCGUGAAAUUGCCACCGAUGAUGACAACCUCUUGCGAUGGACCGGCUUGAUUGUACCCGAAAAUGCACCCUACAACAAGGGAGCUUUUCGCAUUGAGAUCAAUUUUCCGGCCGAGUACCCCUUUAAGCCACCAAAGAUUAAUUUCAAAACAAAAAUCUACCACCCGAACAUCGAUGAAAAGGGUCAGGUGUGUUUGCCCAUAAUUAGCACGGAAAAUUGGAAACCUGCCACACGAACAGAUCAAGUUAUACAGGCGCUGAUAGCUCUGAUAAACGAUCCGGAACCGGAACAUCCAUUGCGUUCCGAUUUGGCGGAGGAGUUUCUGAGGGAUCGAAAGAAGUUCAUGAAGAAUGCUGAAGAUUUUACCCGCAAGAAUAGUGAAAAAAGGCCAGCCGAUUAGUAAGCGUUAGAUGACAGCUAGAACAAAAAAAAAAGAA